AUGCCGAGCAAGAGUCACGGCGUCGCAGAGGUGUGUGCUUUGUGCCAGGACGACAUCGAGGAUCGGCGUCAGCAAGCAACUGCAUCGUGCGGGCAUUGCUUCCACAAGGACUGUCUAAAAGAGUAUCUGGAGCAGGCGCCGCAGCUGCCGAGCGGUGGCGUCGGUUGCCCCACCUGCUUCGUCCCGAUGACCUGGGCAGAUCCCGAGGCCCAGGAAGAAGAUCCAGAUCAGGAGGAGGACGACGUCAUCCCAGAAGACUUCGAAGCACCAGCGGCGAGAGGAGCGGAGCCACCGGCGAAGGGACGCCGAAAAGGCAUCAUGCAGAAGAUCAAGACUGCGGAAUUCCAGAGCAGCACGAAAAUCGAGGCCCUCCUGCAGGAGAUCCAGAAGAUGCAGGCGGCAGAUCCCUCCAGCAAGGCAUUGGUCUUCUCCCAGUUCACUCGCUUCUUGGAGCUCAUCGAGUGGCGCCUGAAGCGGGAGGGCAUCUCUGCGGCCACUGUGCUGGGCAGUAUGCCCAUUGUUUCACGGAACAACAUCAUCGUGUCUUUCCAGACGGAGCCUAGUCUCAAGGUCCUCCUCAUCUCCCUGAAAGCCGGAGGAGAAGGGCUGAACCUGCAAGCAGCGGACCACAUCUUCCUGAUGGACCCUUGGUGGAACCCCGCUGCGGAGGCCCAGGCCAUUCAACGAGCGCAUCGCAUCGGCCAGACGCGGCCGGUGAAGGCGACUCGCUUCGUUGCGGCCAACACAAUCGAGGAGAAGAUCAUCGAACUCCAGGAGAAGAAGCAAACGGUGUUUGAUUGCACCGUGGGCAACUCCAAUCAGGCUUUGCAGAGGCUCACUGCUGAGGAUAUUCAGUUCCUUUUCAGCAGUAGCUGA